CAAUGACAGAUGUAUAUUGUAACUUGUUAGAUUGUAGAAGCAUAGAUUAUCUUAGUCGUCUCAAUGUUUUGGGUGUAUUUUUUUAAAUAAAAGAUAUAUAUUAUUAUUUUCUUUGGUUAUUUUUACAUUUGGCAGUUAAAUAAACAACAUUCAAAAAAACGAAUUGGCUAUAAGGAGCUUUUUUUAUUAUUAGCUAUUUUUAUAAAAGUGUGGGUAGAUUUACAGAAGAAUAAAUUUGUUUAACGAAAGAGUAGUCAUUUGCGUGGACAUCAUGGUGGAAUGUUGAAAUCUAGUUUUUGUUUAUAUUUUUUUUCUCUAAUAUUUAAAUUAAAAUGGAUUGGAAAAGUGCGAAAAUUCUAUUAGCAUCUACCGCUACUGUGGUUGUUGCUUCCCAAGUAGUCAAAAAGUUGUGUAAUUACUAUUCCAACUCAAGAAAAAACACCCGGCCAGAGGAUGCAAGUGACGACGUGAAUAACGAUGUUCUUAAUAUUAGAAAUCGUGAAAUUAACGACGUAAUAUUAUUCUCGGAUGAUGUUGUACGACACACUAUCAGAGUUCCACCUAAUAAAGAUGUUACUAUAUGUGAAAGUAGGGAACUAAACUGCUUCAAAUUAAUAAAGUAUAUAAAAUCAGCACGUGAGACGUUAGACGUCUGCAUGUAUCUGAUAACGAGUAGUGAAAUAGCAGAACAAAUUAUAAGGUUGGGACAAAGACAUGUUUUAGUAAGAAUUGUCGUGGAUAGUGACAUGUCCAACACGCCUCCAUCUCAAAUAAACAAGCUUAAAGAAUAUAGCUUUAUUCAGGUGCAAACAAGUAAAAAGUCAAUACUAAUGCACCAUAAGUUUUGCAUCAUUGACGGACCUAAAGCCAUUAAACGAAAGAAUGUGUUAAAAGCUUGUGCUGAAAAAUUAAAUAUCCAUGCACAAUUUGCUAAGUACAACGUAAAAUCCCAAAUAAAAGCUAAACCAUGUAAGGGGUUCGUUAUGUCCGGUUCCUUGAAUUGGUCUACUCAAGCCAUGGUGUCAAAUCAUGAAAGUGUUAUCGUUACUUCACAUACCAAUAUAGUUAACAAAUUCGAGAAAGAGUUUGAAAGUUUAUGGAUUGAAGACGAACCGGCCCUGUUAGCAGCACUAUGAUUAAUGGCAAAAAGUUUAAAUAACAAAGAAAACUUAAUUCAAAUUAAUUUAAUUAUAUAAUGAUGAAUGCGCUUAUGAUGCAACACCACAUGUGCAAGUGUAAGUUAUGUGCUAUGGGUGCAGUGCAUCAAGAACAUAUCAUAAACAAAAAUGACAAUUUUAUAACGUGAAAUAGUGUGCCAUCAUAGUCGCUGGCUAUAUGAAGUAAUAUGUGAUUUAAAAUGUGCGCUUUGGAUGCAGUGUUUGUUAAUAGAUGGCGUUGGGAUCAUUGCUAUUCAAGUGAGAAAUCUGCUACUGCUAUUCGCCGCUAGAUGGCGCUGGAGCCCGGGUUCAGUGGCCGAUUACCACCAAAAGAUAACAAAUGUAUUGGAUACACAACAACAAGUCGUUACCACUUUCAGCAAUGAUACAACGCUACGUCGUCGGCGCAAUACCUUUAUUUCAACGUUUUCACCAUGUUACUUUUUUCUUUGUGUUACAACUGUAUUAUUGCCAUUAUUUACUCUCUACAUCUGGAAUUAUACGAAAUUUGCAGUCUACAAGUAUCACCGGAGCCACUGUCUUAACAUCUUAUCCACGUGAUAGUGUCUAACUGCAGUUUCGUUCGUUCUUAUGACUAUAUUUGUAACACCUAGUCCUAGACUACAGUCAUGCCAUUGUUAUCAUAUAUCUAGAUAAGAUCUCAAAGGAAAUAGAAAAAGUGCUCUUCAUUAACUAAGUUGUUUGACUUGAAAGUGUAAUAUAUGAUCCCACAAACAUUUUUCCCAUUUCCUUCGUGAUCGUGGCACGUCCGCGCAAUACUUCAUAAUGUAAUUUUGUAAAAUUUUGAUAAUUGACUAACAAUUACUAAAAAAACUUUCUAACGCAUGACGCUUUGAAAUACAUUUUUUUACUUUACAACUCGCGAGUGUGCAUGACGUGUAUAUUUAUAUGUAUUUGUAAUGAUUCAAUUUUUAUCUGUUGUUGAUCAUAUAUAUAUAGACUGACAUGCGUUUUAUUUCUGUGUAUAUAUAUAAUGUUUUAUAAGUGUAUGAUUAUGAAAUGUUUACUUCAACAAUUUAUCGUUAGCGACGAGAUCUGUUAAUGUCGUAAGCCGUGCUUCACGGAAAUUGAUUUUAGGUUGAGUUUCCCAAGAAUUGUGUUAGUGCUUAAAAUUCAAUUUUAGUCCUUGCAUGGCAAUACCCGGGGGUUGCAUUCUGGUUUUUUAUUAAUGAAAAAUUUGAUUAUGCAAUCUGUUAAUGAAUAUAUAUAUAUAUUUUAAUUGUGAUUUAUCGAUAUAUAAAUAAACAUUUACUUAAUCGAA